AUGGCAACGGGCCCGCGGGGGGCUCAGGCAAAGAUCCUGCAGUAUGAAGCCUUCAUCAGCGACGUCCUACAGCAAGACCUAAGGCAGGUGCUGACACAGCGAGAUGUGGUGUAUGGACAGCUGACCGCCUACCUACAGCUGAAGAAUGUCCUGGAGCGGAUCCAGGACUCGGGGGAUCAGAGGCUAUGCACACAGGUGGAUUUAGGAUGUAACUUCUAUGUGAAUGCGGAAGUGCCAGACCCUUCUCGGAUAUUUGUGGGACUCAGCCAUGGCUUCUUCCUGGAACUGACAUUGAUGGAGGCCUUGAGGUUCGUUGAUCGAAAGAGCCACCUGCUCACCUUGCUCAGUGACAGUCUCACCCGAGAUUCGGUUCGGAUCAAGGCCCACAUCCAACUGGUGCUAGAGGGCCUUCGGGAACUGCAGGGGCUACAAGAGCUGCCAGACCAUCAAGACCAUCCAGACCAUCCAGACCAUCCAGGACACUGA